AUGGCCAGAGUACAAAAGCGAGCAGCCGCCUCUUCUGAGAAGAAGGAUGUGGCCCAUCCCGUCCGGGAGUCCUCCCCGCAAAGCCGCAAGCUUGCGGCACGAUCUUGUCGAGGCUGCUAUCAGCGCAAGAUCCGUUGUGACCGUGCAGUACCUUGCACCAACUGUUCGAGAUAUGAUGUUAUCUGCGAGUAUCCGACAAAGGAGUCGGACAUGGCACGGAAAGGCCCUACUCUCCAAAGCAUCUCUAACCGGCUGGAACGACUCGAGGUUUUGCUAUCACGUCUUGCUGAGGGUGGCCAAGUGACUGCAGGUGCAGCAAGUGGUGGUAGUCGCGAUACUCAGACGCAGGUUCAGUUCCAUUCUGAUGCAAAUAUCAAUGAAAUUGAAGCCGCAAAUCAACAUUCAUCCAACCAAGACACAGGCGAGUCAACAUGGGAGUUGUUGUUGAAUGAGAAAGAGGUUGUCCGGUAUGGGAAUAAUUCGCUUCCAACACAAAAUGAAGAACAAGCCAGAAAUCUACAGUCAACUGGCUCUGGAACAGCCUCUUCGCAUUUCCAGAAGAGUGCAAAAGCUCACCACACACUCCCUGCACAGCCAAAUACUCCUCCUUCUUCUUCCAAUGUCGAUUCCGAUGUGCUGGAUUUGUACCCUGAUGCCCAACUAGCCCUUCGGCUAUGGAAUGUAUACGUCAAAUCGGUCGAUCCGGUCCUCAAAAUCUUGCAUAUACCAACUGUUCAGUCUACUGUUGUUGCGACCAUCUUGGACCCCAAAUCUGCACAAUCUUCCAUAUUGGCGUUGACAUAUGCAAUUUAUUUUGCCGCCGUCACGGUUCUCUGUUAUGAUGAAGAUGAACCCAUUGACCUGCCCUGCGAGAAAGCAUUGCUCUUGAAACGUUACAAGAAAUCCUUAGACCGGCUUCUCACUGCAACGGAACUUAUGGAUCGACCUGGAAUAAUCUCAUUACAGGCCCUCGCAAUAUAUGCUACCUGUUUACGUGUCCAUCAAGUUGGCCGAAGUGUAUGGGUUCUCAAUGGGCUGGCGAUCCGGCUCGCUCAAUCAAUUGGCCUGCACCGAGACGGUGCCUCCUUCCAACUGAGCCCCUUUGACGCGGAAAUGCGUCUUCGUCUCUGGUGGCAUUUAUGCGUGCUCGAUUCCCGUGCCCCGGAGGAUCAGGGGUUUCAACCUACCGUUGAUGUUAUGAACCGUGGACUACGGCUUCCUUUGAAUGUGAAUGACGAUCAAAUCUAUCCAGACAUGGCCCGCCUUCCCGUAGAGUCGCACGGUUGGACAGAAAUGUCUUUCUUUCUGAUUCAAACAGAGUCGUGCCGGCUUCUACAUCCGAUUCUGAGCAUUCACGAGCCACGUUCCGCCAAUUCUUUUCUUAGCAUCCGAGAAAAAAGAAGUCUAUUGGACGAGCAUGCUCAAUCUUUGGCAGCUAAAUAUGGUAUGUUACCCGGUGCUGCAACGCCCAUUGAUUUGUUACGCAUUGCAAUUCAACAUACUACCACUGCCCAUACAAAGAUGCAAUUCGUGCUGCAACUACGAGAGGAAGUCAACAUGCGAAAACCAAAAUACACUCAAGAUAAUGCCAGCUCUGACGUGCACAAGCAGUCAUUCAAGUUGGCCUGUGAUACGUUAGAAUGCAGUCUUGUGUUAUUAAAAGAGGGCAUUACUUCUAGAUUCAAAUGGUUCUUCGAAAUGUACACGCAAUGGUACGCUCUUGCCUACGUUCUGCGCUGUCUCUGUAGCAGUCCCUGUGGACCCGAGACAGAACGCGCCUGGACGUUGGUUGAAGAGCUCUUCCCUCAUGGAAUGAGUCUGGAUGAUGAUUAUGCGCACGGUAGUAUCUGGUCAUAUCUCAAUCUACUCCGAUCUCAAGCUUCAUCGUUGAGACAACAUGCCCAGCGGCCGUUGUCCAGAAGUAGUGAACAUUCUGCUUCCUCCCAGAAUCUUCUUCCAGUCACCAAAAUUCCGCCGUCAACCGACACGACAGAAAACGCAACAGCCGCAGCAGAAGCAGCAGCACAUGGCACAACCAGCUUCUCCGAACUGAACCAAGAACUUAUGACCGAUUCCAAUCAAACUUUUUUCUCAUCUUUAGAUUUGUCAAUGCUAGACUUCCCUUUUUUGCCGGAUUGGAACGCCAUUAUCAAUGGAUAUCUGAUCGAUGAUAUUACGUAA